AAACGUAUGACUAGUCAUUGACUAACCCUGUUCCAAAAGACAGCUAUCUGUUAUCAAACCCUUUUAUAUUGACACGGUGUUGCAAUUACCAUCGCUGCCGGUCCCAUAAUUGAGCUUUAGGAAACGGGCCUAAGUUUGAAAGAUUAUUAUAAUUAGCCCCCGGCCCCCGCAGAUGAUAUUAACUCCUCUCCUCUCCGUACAUGAUUAUCCGGACACGAUAAAUCUGGUAUAAUCUGGGUGCUCUAAUUAGGCUUUCUCGUACUUGGCUCGUCUUGUUGAGCUGAGCUGCUAACAGGGUUACAACACACACACUAACCAGCUCUCUUCUCUCCAGGGUAAGGUGCGUGGCUACAAUUUGUUGGACUUCCGCCAGACCCCACGUGACAUUAUCUAAUCUGUUUCAUUGGUUCAUUCUGAUCUGACCCGUUUGUUGGCCGGACAGUCUGACCUGUUCAAAUACACUGUUUCACGCUUUGAGACGGAGCUCAGAUACCUUCUCAAAAGCUUGAUAUACACUUGAGGACCUCACAUUUCUUUGCUCAGACGCAGGCGUGACUGUCACGUGAUACCGCGCUUGUAGCAAGUUUCCCUGCUAACCGGCCCACCUGUGUAAGAGGCGCUGUUAACAUUACAUUUUUCAUUUCUCUACCAGAGUUAUCGAGCGUUCACAUGUUGUAAUUUACUUACCUGAGAUCUCUCACUUGUUAUCUUAUCGGGAUUCGCUGAGCUUUGUAUCAAAUUACUCCAGUGUGCUCGUUUUAGCGGCACAUAUUGUUCUACCACCUGAUAAUCAGAUCUAGUCCCGCUAAUCAAGCUCUCUAUUCUACUGCGAGAUCCAGUGAGCCGAGGAAGUCUCCGCUAUUCGCAUCCUGGAAGUUUUGCUGAAGUCCCAAAUAUUUCUCCGUAAACUUUGAGGUACAGCCACCGCGACAUUCCUGGGAAACUACAAUAGUAAUCUACCCCCUGCUGUUUUCACUUCCCAGUUCGUUGUGCUGGUAACAGUAGCGAUUUGUUGGCUAUGUCUCAGACACUGACCCUUAAUUCGUUUGCCGCAGCGUCUGGUGCCCCGUGGAAUCCGUAUCCAACGCUAGAGGAAGAGGAAUUCUUUACCCACUCUCAGGAUGACCAGCCUGAGCAUGAGACCUUCUGUUUUGCUGAUCAGCUAAUGGACAUUGACUUUCCCUUGUUAGAUAUAAACACUCGGUCACCACAAAUCACCUUGCCCACCGUUCAGACUCCUAUCAACAGAAAGCGGCCGACCUGGAAGCUGAAGAACGCUUUGUUAACAGAGGAGUUUCUUCUCAAGAAGUCCAUCAAGAAAACGAUCAGCUCAACUCCAGCCUCUCCUGACAAGGAUGGUCCGUAUAUUGAUGUUCUGAGCGACUCUUGCUCCAGCAUUUCCUCUGAGUCCGACCUGUCCUCUCUCUCUCAAGACUCAUUAGACUCGAACGGCAGCUCGCACACAUCCUAUAAUCGGUUCCUCAGGAGAUCCCCCAACUGGUCUCGUCCCUUCUUCAGCUCCAGAGACAGACGGGAGUCUCGGGACUCUGACUGGAGACCUAAGAAAGAGGUAAAGAAGGAGGGGAGUUUUGUAAAUCCUCGAGAGGAGAUGAAUAUGUUACGACUGUCCUGUACUUGUCAGUCUAGGAACACUGGCAAGUCUCUACACUUGUGGGAGUUCUUGUUGGAGAUGCUGGCUGAUAAAAGGAUGAAGAGUGUGAUAGCAUGGACUGGGACUGCUCGCGAGUUCAGAGUGGUCAACAGUCGGGAGGUGGCCAGGGAGUGGGGGAACAGGAAGAACAAACCCCACAUGAACUUUGAUAAAAUGAGCAGAGCUAUGAGGUAUUACUACAAGAAGAAUAUCCUGGCUCACGGCAACAAACAGCGUUUAGUCUACUCCUUCUGUCAGGAGGCUAUUUGUCCUCACUAUGAGAAGAUCAUUAAGCUCGCUCUUAAAACUCGGCCACAAACCCAGGGCUCCUGCCCUCUUAGUCCCCGGGAAGAACCAGCCAAAGUGUUGGAGACCGCCGCAAGAACCUGGGAACGAGAAACCUCUCCGACAGCACUGAAGAGCAGCUCUGCCUCGUCUAAAAUAAAGAGUGAAUCAGAGAAGAUUCUGACGGAGAGGCUGUGUCCGGGAAGAAACUUAAGGUUCAGCGUGAAAAAACCAGGGAAACAGGACUGUUUUAGAUCGUGUUGUGAGGGAGCUACAGAUAACCUGUCCAGAUCCUAUCCGCUCCGAGGAGGAGGAGAACCUUCUAGAACGAAUAAGACUGGACAAUUCCGUCCCGCCAAAAACACUAGUGUCCCUUCCAAUAAUCAACCCAAGAUAAAAAUUAACAGCAAUAGACCUAAUUACAAUGAUUGUUUUAAAUUUUCAUGAAUUAUGUAUAUUUUACUUCAUGCAUUCUAUGCUGCAUGUUUUUAGAAUGAAUUUAAUGAGUGAAGCAUAAUAUUAUCAUUGCAAUGAACCGCAGGUCGGGUUGUAUGAUUUUCUAGGAAAUGAUAUGAUGACGUUUUCUAGGUUCGGAAUUUCUAUGUAUGCAUUUUUAUUCAGCUGUCAUAUUUUGAAUUACCAGGUAUUCGAUUUGUUAUUA